AACGUAACUUGUCUUGUUACCAUAGAAACCCGUACACGGACUAUACGCAGCUUCACUUAUAUCGUGAGCACACAAAUAUUUACAGGACAUUAGUCUCAUAGUAUUACAGUAUAGUAUUAUAGCACAGUAUUACAGGCAGGAUGGCUCAGAGGAGAGUAUUUAGCAGUACUGUGAAAGUAGGAAACUGGAACGAGGAGCUGCUCCGGGAAGAGGAGGCAAAGAAAGCGUAUCUGGAGAAAAAGGACAGAGGCGAGCUUGUUCCUCAAAAAAGAGACUUCCUCAAACAGAACAUUCUCGGACCGGUGAAUCUCUCGAUGUCAAAUGAUGGACGGUUGCACUUUGGGGACGUUGUUAUGUUGGUGAACAUGGGAGGAGAAAACAGGGAGUGCAGCGCAGUCAGCAUUAACGCUGACGUUAACAAUUUGAUAACGAUUCCUUCGCCUGGCAUUCAGAGCCCCUGUGGAGUCAGUGCAGGAAGAGGGAUCCUGCCCUGUACGCGCACUGCCUUCAUCAUCACCAGUGUGGAUGGCAGCCCUGAAGGAUCGACUCUGCUCUAUGAGCAAAGUUUUGCCCUGACAACCACAAGUGGCUUUGCCCAAGGACUUUACUUGACAAGUGAUAUCAAAAGUUUCCAAAAGUGUGCAAAGAUUUCACGUCUGCAAGAGGUGAACUUGGUGGACGAGGGCUCCUUUCUGUCCUGGUGGAAGAUAGUGCACUUUGACCCACAGGAGAGGCUUGAAUACGAGGGUGAGCCUGUCCCUGCUGAUAUGAAGGUGGUGAUCGUACACUGCAAGACAAACCAGGCUCUUGCUGUUAUGGGUGAUCACAUCCUUUGGACCACAUAUGGCAAAGAGUACGAGGUGACAGCUCACACCUUCUUGGACACCCACAAAGCUGAGGAGGACAAAAACCACUGGAUACUGUGCAACCCCGACCCUGCAGGAGCGAGGCUGGUGCCUCUGGACCACCCAGAGUCAGCGGGUGACAACAAGGAGCCCACACAGGGGAACACAGACGGAGUCUGAGGCAAUCCACUCUCAUGUGGUCUAACACAAAUACAGCAGACGGAUGCACAUUAGUAACAACACCUAAACCUUUUUGAAAUAAAGUUUUUUUUUCUUCUUUUUGGA